UCAAAAAUCUAACAGUAGCAGUGUAAACUCAAAACAGUAGUUUCUCAAUGUGUUAAAACUAUUAUUAUUUAUUCAAGGAUGUGGAAUAAAUAAGUUGAGUUUAAUUUUAUUUAUUUAUAUAGCAUAAGGACAAGCAAAAUGGGAAGUGAUGACGAACGCAGUAGCCACCGCAGUAGAGAGGAGCACGGCGGCAGAAGCCGCGGCCGCGCGCGCAGUGGCAGCCGGGACAGACGGAAGCGCGACCGCAGCGGAGCGCGGCGGGGCGCCCCCGGCUCCGGGACCAGGGAGAGGUCGCAUGCGCCACAAAAUCGCCAUAACGACUUUGACCGUGGUCGGAGUUCCAUAAGAGAUUGUAAUGGUGGUGGGCUUGGUUCAGGGCUGGGUGGUGCGAGCGCGGGGCCGGGGGCGCGGGGCAGGUACAAGCCACAGGAGGAAGAGUUUCUGGACGCGCGGCGCGAGGAGCGGGAACACAUCGGACAAGUCGGGGUGUCCUCUGUGUGGGGCAAGUCACCACUCAGACCAGAUUCUGAUGAAGAGGCUUCACAGUCAAGACAUACAGAUAAUAGUAAAGAAAAGAAAAAAUCUAAAAAAUCCAAGGACAAAGAGGACACAAAAACUAAACUAAAGAAACUGAAAAAGAAACUUAAAAAAGUGAAGAAGGCACGUAAGAAAGCAAAGAAGAAAAAGUCCAAGAGCUCCAGCAGCGAUUCCUCCUCCAGCGACGACAUCUGGGUGGAGAAGGGACAGGAGCACGAAGCAGAAAGUAUUUCGAAAUCGGGAGUAGCGAGUGCAGCUUCGCCGGAGGAGGCGCUGGGGCCGGCGGCGCGCGAGGCGGGGGGCGCGGCGGGCGCGGCGGGCGCGGGGGGCGCGCUGGGCCCGCGCGACUUCGGGCGCGCGCUGCUGCCGGGCGAAGGCGCCGCCAUGGCCGCCUUCGUGGCGGAGGGCAAGCGCAUCCCGCGCCGCGGCGAGAUCGGCCUCACCUCGGACGAGAUCGCCGCCUACGAGUCCGUCGGCUACGUGAUGAGCGGCAGCAGGCACCGCCGCAUGGAGGCCGUGCGCAUCCGCAAGGAGAACCAGAUCUACUCCGCCGACGAG